AUGUUAUAUUUGGAAGAUUAUCUCGAAAAUAUCGAACACUUGCCACAAGAGAUGAGAAAUCGCUUCACGAAAAUGAGAGAAAUGGACUUACAAGUAGAAAAUUCCAUGGAUUGCAUAAAAAAAAAUGUGGAUACUUUGUUUUUAAAAGCAGAUAAUAUGAACCCAGAAGAAUUAGAAACUAAUUUUAAAGCAAUCAUGAAAGAAGGAGAAAAAUCUGUUGAACAAUCUGAGGAAAAAGUUACGUUGGCUAACCAUAUGCAUGAUCUUAUGUCAAAAUAUUUGAGACGGUUAGAUCAUGAGUUACACAAAUUUAAAAUGGAACUAGAAGCUGAUCAUAGUGGUAUAACUGGACUUAUUGAAAAAAGAAGUUUGGAUUCAGAACAAAGUAAUAUUAUAAUUCCCAAUCAAAAAGAAAAUAAAUAUCAAUUGAAUAGAUGUCUUUUUGGUGACAAACAAGAAGCAUUAAAUCAUGUUAGCACUUCCAAACAAAAAUCAACUUCAAUAGCUUCAAAUUCUACUAGUAGUGGUGAUGUAGCAUCUCCUUCACGGCGUGAUACAAGUCCUGCAAACUCUCGAAUGGUUUCAUCUUCGUUGGCAUACACAUUGGGACAUAUGGGAGCUGGAAGUCCUGCAAUUGCAGCAGCCGCAUCCCAAGCUAUUGUUGCUACUCAACAAUUGUCUCAAGGUCGAAGAACAGCUAGUCUAAAAGCAUCUCUCGAAGCAAUUAAUUCUGGUGCUACAUUGACAGGUCAAAUGAGUUCUACUUCCGGUGUUCUACCAUCAGAAUUGCCUAUUAGUAAAGAAUUAGCAGGUGUUGCACAUUUAGUCAAUCCAAAUAUAGAUGGAACUAGAAAACAUAGAAGGCGAGGUGGUACUCAAAAUUCUCAAAUGUCAACUGAAGAAGAUGUGGAUGAACCAAUUGAUCCCAAUGAACCUCGUUAUUGUAUAUGUAAUCAAGUUGCUUAUGGUACAAUGGUUGCUUGUGAUAAUAAAGGGUGUCCAUAUGAAUGGUAUCAUUGUGAAUGUGUCGGUAUAACAGAUCCACCGAAAGGUAAAUGGUAUUGUCCUCAAUGUAUUACCACAAUGAAGAGUCGUAGAUCACGAAAAACUACAUGA